AUGUCGAGGCCCUUUUCCAAAUUUUUCAUCUUUAUGUUAUGUGUAAUCUGCCUCUCCAGCAAUGGAUACUACACGUUCUUCAGACCGCCCAGCAGGAGCUACGAUAGAAAUUUGUCAGAAAAGCUUUUAAACGAAGAGAGGAAUACAACAGUUGGAAACACCCUAGAUGGGGGAAGCAGCCCGGAGAGGGGAGACGACGCAGAAGAGGAAAGCACCACGGAUAAUGGAAGCAGCGUAGAUCUUACAGGCAGCGUAGAUCUUACAGGCAGCGUCGAUGGUGGAAACAGUAGCGAUCACGGACGAAGCAGCGAUCACGGAAGAAGCAGUGAUCACGGAAGAAGCAGCGAUCACGGAAGAAGCAACGAUCACGGAAGAAGCAACGAUCACGGAAGAAGCAACGAUCACGGAAGAAGCAGCGAUCACGGAAGAAGCAGCGAUCACGGAAGAAGCAGCGAUCACGGAAGAAGCAGCGAUCACGGAAGAAGCAGCGAUCACGGAAGAAGCAGCGAUCACGGAAGAAGCAACGAUCAUGGACGAAGCAGCGAUCAAGGACGUGGUCGUGAGCGUGGAAGAAGUAGCGAUUACGGACGUAAUAACAAUUAUGGACGCAGCAACAAUCGUGGGCGCAGCACAGAUCGUAGAAGAUCCUCCUCAGGUCGCAACAAUUUAGAAUCCCAUUAUUCCAAUGAAGACCCAUCGUAUUCCAGGUACGACGAGCGUUUCAGCCUUGAAGAUAGACUGAAGAAGGAGUGGAACGACCUAGCCGUUAUUGAAACAAAAAAUUGGUUUAACGUGAUCAUAGGAAUAUGUGAUACUUUAAUUACCGAAUACGAUUCUUACAACGUCGUUGGGGAUAAGGUGAGCAGUUGGUCUGAGCUAAUAAAAAUGUUAACAGCGUUUAGACAAGCAGAAGUUAACGAAAGCAAUGUAAUUUUUGCAAAAUUUUUGGAUUACAUGAGAGAAAAAAGGCAAGACACAGCCAGUGAUAUGCUAACUGAUGAAGAAGAGAGCAUCUGGAAUGAUAUCAAAUUGUUAAAGCAGCAAAAAGAUAUUGAGUGGAAGAAAUACCACGUGGGCACUUGGAAGUAUUGGUUCCAGAAGGAAUUCCCCACGGUGAAUCUCAUAAACAAUGAGUAA